AUGUCUCAGCCAUGCGCUAUACAAGCAUGUAAACGAGUUUCACGGACAUUAUGUUAUGGAUGUAAUCAAAAUUUUUGUCGUGAACAUAUGCGUGAACAUGAUUUAACUUUGAAUUCACAAUUAAAUCCAUUAUCAGAUGAAAUCAAUGCACUUGGUGAUCGAUUAAAAUCAAUAAAUCUUGAAAAUGCUAUUGGUGAUUCACGUCAAAAAUUAGAUAAAUGGCGUAUAGAUUGUCAUAAAACAAUAGAUUAUUAUUUUGAUGAAAAAUGUCG